CGUCGUCACGUGACGCGGUAGUGCAGGGAAGGGGACAGGCGUCUCCGCUGCUAUGGUGACCAGGCACGGGUAUGGCGGAGAAGAAGUUUAGCGGAGCGCCCUUCGGCAGCCAGGAGGCCAGAUUUGAUGUGUCCGCGGUUUAUCCUAAGUUUAAGAAACCUGGUUCCUACACACAAGUUCCUUACUGCAAGACUGCAACUUCAGAGACCGCAAGACGGUUAGGACCUGGAACCUAUGAUCCCAGAACUGGCGAUUUUAAUCCAUUUGUUUUGGAGCGAGUCGCAUCUACACCUGGAUGGAAGAGAGCAGAAGAAACAGAACGGCUGACUGUAAUGCCGCAUGUUCUGUACAAGGAAACAUGGGAGAGAAACCGUUUGCUGAAACAAAACAUGGGGCCGGGUCGAUACAACAUAAACUCAUUUCUGGAGCUAACGGAAAAGAAACCGGCCAGCCUGCGAGGAGUGUGCGGCACUAAAGAUGUGCGCUUUAAGGAUGACAUAAAGAACUGUACCCCAGGACCUGGAACUUACGGCAAAGCAGGGAAUCCAUACACACUCAUAGAAGAGAGGGCUUCAAAGUCUGCCAGCUCCAAGGUCAUAAUGGAUAGCGAAACUAUUAAAUGUAGCUCAGAAAGCAGCAAUGAAUGUGUGCCAGGACCAGGCGCCUACAACCUAAAAUGCUCCAUAGAUGAAACCUUGAAGCACGUUGUGGGUAAAAGAGGACCUUAUGACUUAUUCAGUGGGUCCAGAUCACAGAACAUCCUCUAUGGACACUUUGCUACACCUCAAUGUUAUCAGAAAGAGCUGGGAUACUGUGAUGCAAAGUCAUUCAUUGAAGUUCUUGAAAGUGAUCAAAAAAAGAAACAUGGCAAGUUUGGGAAGAUUCAUCGCUUUCCAAAAGUUCCAACAGACAGAAUAUUCUACAGCUCGCUUGCCCACUGUCCCCGACCACUGAAUUCUCCAGGUCCUGGUUCCUAUGAUGUAAAACCAGUCUUCGCUUCAGUGAGACAAUCAUCAGCUCCCUUCCUAACCUCUGCUAAGCGAUUUGACAGAAAAUCAUGCAGAGUCCUCUUUGGAAGUGAUAGCCCAGUUGGCGUUGGUCGAUACGAUAUCAAUAAACCCACAAGUGGCAAAACAGCAACUUGUUACCGAUCCGCUUUUCUUUCAAAAACAGGGCGCUCUUCCUCUGAUCAGGAAAAAGAAAAAGCUUUAAAGGAACGUACCCAGAGAUCACACAGUACCUUGCCGAUUCAGCCAUUAGAGGCGCCUGCUAAUGGACCUAUAAUACAAUCUGCUGCUGCAUGAGGAGGAGGCUUCCUGGACAUCAUAUGGGCUAAGAAAUUGUGACGGUGGAAAAUGUUUUAUGUGUUAAGAGGAACUAGGAAAAUAAUCAGUAACCGCUUAUAAACAUUCUGCAAAAAUCA